UCUCAUCUUUCUCUAUAAAAAGUGUUGGAAUGAAAAAUUCGCUGUGCUUCCCCAAUUCGGAGAUAUUGGCUGAAAACUGGCCUCGAAAAAAAAGCACUUGCUCUAUAGUUGACUGCAUCGCUGCAGACUUGCGAUUUUAAAAUAUUUUCCAUGUGGUAAUUUGAUGCAGAAGACUAUAGAAUCCUCUCGAAAAUAUAUCCAUGAGAAGAAAAUGACUCUGGUUAUGCCGAUGAAAACGGGAAAACGUCUUGAGGCCAUUUGAAAUUGAAUAGUGGGGGCUGGUUGAAGCGAGGCCGCCAUGUUUCAACUCGUGCUUCCUGUCUAGCCACUCGGUUUAACCGGCCAUUCCGCUUGAAUCCUCCAAGUGUUGAAAGCCAAACCAAUUGGUCCGCUAAAUUAGCUCAGAGCCAAGCUCUUUAAAAUCAAAAAAACCAACGAGAAUAGAGUGUGAGUAAGAGAACAGAACGAGAUGCUCGUCAGCUGUACGUGAUGAUCUACGCACUUGAGAUGACGUCUGACAUAAUCUAAUUAACUCAUCAAUCAAUCGACGGGUGCCACUUUGAUUUCGUGAAGUUUGGUAAAUCAAUCUCGGUGCUAUUGGUUCCCAGAGUGUAAUUGUCCGGUGGUGUCUUGUGGUAUCGGUGGUAUCAACGGGUUUUGGACAUUUUAACCUAUAAAUUGAAUCUAGAUUGACAAUGGCGAACCUCAGACAGACACCGUUGACCUGCAGUGGACACACUAGACCGGUUGUUCAUCUCGCCUUUUCAGAUGUCACGGAUUCUGGGUAUUAUCUCAUAUCAGCGUGCAAAGAUGGAAAGCCCAUGCUUCGUCAAGGUGACACUGGCGAUUGGAUUGGCACUUUUGAAGGACACAAGGGAGCAGUUUGGGGGGUUGCUUUGAAUCGAGAGGCCACCAGGGCUGCCUCUGGGGCCGCGGACUUCAACGCCAAGGUCUGGGAUGCCAUCAAGGGAGAGGAGAUACACUCCUUUCAGCAUAAUCAUAUCGUCAAGUCCGUCAGCUUCAGCACUGAUUCUCAUCAUCUGUGCACUGGCUCUAAUGAGAAGCUCCUGAGGAUUUUUGAUCUUAAUAAACCCGAGGCAGCACCUCAGAAAUUUUCAGGCCACACAAGUUUCAUAAAGCACGUCACCUUCUUCGACCAUGAUAAAUCCUUGGUGAGCUGUGCUGACGAUAAAACCCUCCGUGUCUGGGACAGAAGCAGUGGCCUGGAGACACGCAGACUGGACUUCCCAGCAAUACCUAGCUCUAUGGAAGUAUCUAAGGACGGAAGCAUUAUCACAACAACGCAUGCUAACAUCGUCACAUUUUGGAAUAGUCAUGACUUGACAAAAAUUCGAGAGUUCACUAUUCCAACUCAGGUGAACAGUGUCAGUCUUCAUCCCGAUAGAACCAUGUUCGUCUGCGGUGGAGAGGAUCUCAAGAUGUACAAAUUCGAUUACACAUCUGGUGCAGAAAUCGAAUCCUUCAAAGGACACUUCGGUCCCGUCCACUGUGUGAGAUUCUCUCCAGACGGUGAAUUGUACGCAAGUGGCUCUGAAGAUGGAACCCUCCGCCUCUGGCAGACAACCGUUGGAAAAACGUAUGGCCUUUGGCGUUGUACCGAGCAAACUCCAACCAUCCAGGAAAACCCAUCCACCAUGAAUAACAAGCAAGAAGUAUCCGCCAGUUAAAUCACCUUCAAUGUCCCCGGACAAUGAAAUUCUCUGUAAAUAUUGGAUCUCAGCGAGUCCGUGCAAUUAUCAUCGAUCAAGUCUCCCGCCUUCCCCUCCUCACCCCAAUGCUUCCAAUUUAUAAGUAAACAGGCAUUUAAUAAAGUGCAUUCGCUUAGAAAUGCACGGUAAGUCCAUGUAUUUAUUAUGAAAUUGAUGAAUGUAAUUGAAUAGAAGUUUUUAAAGCAGCUCAA